AUAUAGAUGAAGGAUGUGAUUUGGUUGAACAAAACAAAGUAUUGUACAAAUUAAGAAACAAAUCUGCAACAACAACAACAGCAGUUGGGUAUGGAUUUGUUUCAACAACUGACCUCCGUUGACUGGCAACAAGAAUCCUUCCCUGCUUAUCAAGAUUUCUUCCUUCUUCCUUUCUUCGCUUUCUUCUUUCCAUCGCUUCGUAUCUUUCUCGACAGAUUCAUUUUUGAGAAAUUGGCCAGACGGUUCAUUUUUGGAAAGGGACAUGAAGUGCUUGAUUUUCAUACAGAUGAUGGUAGAAAGAAGAUUAACAAAUUUAAGGAAUCAGCGUGGAAAUGUGUUUAUUUUCUAUCGGCAGAAAUUUUUGCGUUGUCUGUAACAUACGACGAGCCUUGGUUUACUGAUACAAAAUAUUUUUGGGUUGGGCCAGGGAAUCAGAGAUGGCCAGAUCAAAAGAUUAAAUUGAAAUUGAAAGGACUUUAUAUGUAUGGUGCUGGAUUUUAUUCAUACUCCAUACUUGCUUUAAUAUUCUGGGAAACAAGACGCUCUGACUUUGGGAUUUCUAUGACACAUCAUGUUGCUUCUCUCAGCCUCAUUGUAUUAUCCUACAUUUUUAGGUUUGUUCGAAUUGGAUCAGUUGUUUUAGCUCUUCAUGAUGCUACUGAUGUGUUUCUGGAGAUAGGGAAAAUGUCCAAAUACAGUGGUGCUGAAAAAAUCGCUAGCUUUGCAUUUGUUCUGUUUGUUUUAUCUUUCACCAUACUACGUGUCGUUUACUACCCAUUUUGGGUUCUUCGAAGUACAAGCUAUGAACUGGUUGCCACCUUGAAAUUGGAAAAUCAUUGGGUGAAUGGUUCUAUACAUUAUUAUGUAUUCAAUAGUCUUCUAUUCUGCUUGCUUGUUCUUAACAUUUAUUGGUGGGUGCUGAUUCUUCGGAUGCUUGUUGGUCAAAUUCGAGCAAGAGGGAAAGUUAGUGAAGAUAUACGAUCUGAUUCUGAAGAUGAGCAUGAACAUGAAGAAUGAGCAUGACCACAACAUUGACCGUUGUCCCACUUUGUUUGAAAUAGUAACAUUUUUUUUACACCUACCUAGGCAUCUCAUAGGUACAAACUCUGAUAUCCCUCUUGUAGGGUUUAUCCAAUGGAACACCAAGCACAACCAAGUUUUAGUGUGGAAAAUAUUAAACUCAUGAAGAUGUAUAAAGCUCAUACCUUAAGCCAGUUUACCUGUGGUUAAGACAUUUACCUAAUUCCAUGUGAACUCCUUGUGCUCUCCACUGGAAAAAUCUGUAGCGAUCUCAUCGCUUACCAAAGAUGAAAUUGCUUGGAGGACCGAUUCGAUAAGAACUUUUGUCAUUUACAAAAUGCAUUGUUUUAUAAGUAAAAUAUCUGAAGUCAUAAUCUUAUUUCAUCUCACUCUAUUUUUUUUCUUAUUUCAUCCGACGAUUUGUGAACUCAGUGAAUUACAAAUGACAUCAUCAUGUAUAAAUGGAGAAAUGAGGAGAUAUUAUUAAAUCAUUAUGUUCAUUUGAUA